GCGCCUCCCGCGACCCGUCGGGGGAGCCCUCGGCGGUGGUCUGGCUCCUCGAGGCCCUCCUGUCCGCCAUCCAGGACGGCGUUGGAGUGGAGGCCGCACUUGAGGCGGCCCAGGAUUACUACGGCGAGGACCCGGACACCUGCCUGGCGUUGGUCACUCCGUGCGCGGAGGAGUUGGAGGCGACCGCCCUCCGCAACCCCGCCCCACUGGAGCGGGAGGAGCAGGCCGCCCUCGGCAAGCUCUUGCGGUACGCCCGCGAGAAGCGCCUGCUCCAGAAGGGGCAGGAGGGGCCUACCCCAGCAGGGAGACCCCCCCCGCCCUCACCGGCGCAGGCCCUCCAACCUCCGGGCGUCUUGGAGGGGGUCUUCACCAGCCUCCCAGAGGGGGAAUACCGCGACACGCGCCCCGCGUCGUCCGGUGGCUCGAACCCCCUCCCGCCCGCUGCGCAGUGGGAUGCCAUUCACGGGAUCGCCCCACCGAGGGGCACCACAGGGCGCGCCGGGGCAGGGGGGGAAGGGCAGGCGGGGAUUCUCACUGACCCGAACACCCGCCUCUUGGUUCAGCACCUCAACCUCUCCCAGCGCAUGGAGGCCGACGACUCCAAGAACGUGGAGGGCUCCCUGGGCUACCUCAAGAAGACGGAGUGCCGGCUGGCGGUCUACACCGCCCGGGGGUUCAACGCCUUCUACGUCGCCCUUUGCCCGGGCCUCGUCGGAAGGGAGCUGUGCGACGCAGCCCGGAGGGGAGGAGACGGACGCUGGAUGAUCAUGCACGAGGGAGGCUGCCCCAUCCUGGUCGUGAACCGGAUUGCCUACGCCAUCGCGGGGGGCUUCUGGGGGGAGUUCGAACGGUUCGUCCCGCGCUCGGACCCCGCCCACAUGGAGAAGCGUCCCGCCUGGACCAAGAUCCUCGCCGUCUGGACCGACCAGGCCCACCGGAGCAUCACCACCUUCUGCCUGUUCUACGGCCAAGACCACGAGAGGGAGAGGCGGGACGCCUUGAGGAGGCUGGUGCAGCUCAACCUCGAUGACCCCAACCAGUGGACGGAGGGGGACCUCUUCGCGAUCUGGGAGGAGCUCCACUGGGACUGGUGGGACGGCAUCCGACUGAUCGUCCAGCGGGCCCUCCACGACCUCAGAAACCAGAACCCCACCGAGGAGGAGUUCAGGCUCCACCUCCUGGAGGGGCCGGGAGGCCAGCCGCGAUUCCAGAUGCCCCUCUCCUUCCAGCUGGACCACCCCAACGGGUUCUUUCGG